AGGACUACACACCUGUGGAUGCUGUGGCGACUUUCCAUCCCGCCAGUCAUCUUUGAAGUGAUGGACGCUGAAUAUAAUCCUCUAUCAACUUGAUCUCUAUCACGCAGCUGAGGAAAGUGAUGUUUCGCUCGUUGUCGCCUCUUCCUCCACGAGGGGUAACCCCGGUCACCCUUUGACCUUGGACCAGGUCAGGGAAGUUCACAGAUUACACAUCGUUCAAGGUCCAUCGCCGCCAACGGAAACACGAAUACGUAGUUUACAUUUAAGCUGAUUGAAAAUGAGUAAGUUAAUUUUUUUUAAUUAAUAAUAAUGGAAGCAUUUCUAUAACGCUGGGAGCUCAUAAUAAGUUGGUUUGACAAAUUCUAUUAAACACACAUUCACACGCGAAGAAAGAGAGAGAGGUCUGAGUCAGGUUCCUGUACUCUGUGACCUGCGGCACGAGGUGUUAAAGGCAGCACCGGUAAAAAUUUUGACAUUUUUCAACUAUAAACCGUAAGCACUCAGUGCCAAAGCAAAGCAGGAGUCCUUAUCAUAUAAACAUUAAUAUUUUUAAUUAGUAUGUUACCGCCAGUACAGAUCCAUAACGAUCCAUCGCUUGUGCUUCCAUCUCCACCCCGUCAUCACAGGCCAUUUAUAUCUUGAUAAAAUGUCAGUGAACGAUGGUGGCGAUGUGAUUAGCCGCAGUCCACAUUACAAACCUGCAUUUACCACUCAGUGAAGUUUCAUCAAGUUUCAGUCUAUUCAUGGGUUUCCAACAAGGACCGUAAAAAAAAAAGUUUCCCGAUUAGCCUUCGUGUGAUUUACUUUAGGGGAGACAAAGAGAGACUAUUCUCGAGGUAGGGGGAGAGGUCAAGUUGGAGUUAUCUACGGUCAGGUCCAUGGUCGAAGCACGGACGUCUAUAAUACAAGUUUGUGGUCGAAACAUUAUUAUACUGGGUUCUUUGUCUUCAGCUUCUUUGUCUUCAGACCUCUGAUAACCGGGUGGACAUCAGAUGAAAUGUUCUUUCGUUUAGCUAGAGAUUUUCGUGACCAGAGGAGACAACUGGACGUUGUUUUGUGAGAGAUGUUAAAGAUAAUAGUGUGUGGCGUGUUUCUAUAGGACUCCAAUCAUUCUCUGAGUCAUGUUCUUUUUAUUUCAGUUGGAAUAUGCGAUCGCAUGUUUUUCUCUCCUGUUCUCCAUAAUUCUCUCUCAAAUUUUACUGACAGAAAGCCACGCCAACACGCCGUUGGGGAACAUACCUUUUUUUUUUUUUAGACCCCCAAAAUCUCUGUUUUGUAAAGUAUGUCCCAUGUACUGACAACACCGUUGUCCGAGGAAGCCAUGUCUUGUCAACUUGAUGAAGAAACAGCCAGAGACGAGCAUCCACCCUGUUACAAACCCAAACUGUUACACAAUGACAGGGAGAGACCACAGUCCACACUGUCAUGGAGAGGGUUAUAUUUAUGGAUAUUUCUUCCCGCCUACCGACCUUGCCUCCGCUAGGCAACAUCUAUUUGUCAUCGUUUGCAUUUCCUAAAACGCUUCCUGGGGAAUAAUGUCUUGUGUAACAGGCGCAUCUCACCCACAGUCCGACUCCUGUUUACCGCGCAAGAAACCUCUCCCAUCGCUGGCAGAAUCUAUUUUAAGGUGUUUAUGCAGCAGUCAGCAGCCAAGAUGGAGGAUCGAUGCCUCAUCCCUCAAGGUACAAUCCGUUGACCAUUGUUCUGUGAAACGAAUCACGCACAGUCGUUUUUUGUCCUGGUCCUCCCAAACCCCAAAAAGCUUGGCCACUAACAGACUUCUUUUGUUAUGCACUGGCUUUACUAGGCAAACACACGAAACGAAGACCCUUUGAUUAUUUUUGUUUGCUUCGUGUAAUGGAAGUGGUGAGAAUUAGAGAUAAUUGAGAGACAGGGUAUUCAGUUUCUACAAGUAAUGUGUAGGUUUCUUUGUUCGUACCAGUAACUUACAAAAUGGGAUGAAGACUUUCACCUGUGUAAAGCAUUUAUUUCUCGAUGAGAAAUCUUAUCUGCAAAAUGUUGGAAAACAUGUUUAUUUAGAUAAACAUCGAUUAAGCGAUAUGAAUGGAAACGGCAGUGUCGUACGAACGUUCGUGGUUUGAGUGUCUUCAUGGAAAUCAUGAGUUCUGACUGUCAUGUCUUUAAGACAUUCGCUUGUCCCACUGCAGGGAAGAGGUCCUGGUUCAGAUCCUGUCUCGGAACAUUGUAUAUGUCACGUUUUCUCAGGACUGGCCAUCGGAAGCUUACUUCGGGCAUAUCAUUUCAUUCCUCUUUAGAAAUAAAUUUUAUUUAUUCACCCAUUGAGGAAUGUUGGGAAAUAGCUAUUCACCCAUACAAUUUACUUAUGUAAACUUUACAAAAGUAAAUAUAAGACAGUGUCAAAUAGAAACAGGAAAACACAAGAUUGAUACUAAUAAUGUUAAUAGGACUUACACUAGAAACAUUACUUAUCAAAGCUAUAGCAAAUAAGUUCCCAAGAACUUGUGUGAAAGAAAAAGAGUUAAUAGUUUUUCACUAACAAUAAAUAUUUAUGUUCGUCGCAGCAGAUGAAAGGCCUAAUGCCAGCACAGAAAGCUUCCAUGUCUCUGGGUGUGGCAGCACAGACUUAAUAAAGCUCCACAAGGCUCCACUUUCAGUCGAGUGUUGACUGCACCUUUCGAAUUCUUAAGGAAGCAGCUUAGACUGUAUAGCUACAGGGUGCCAAGAGGGAAAUUUUCUCUAAUUUUUUAAAUAGCUAUACAAUGCAUUUUAUACGUAUAUAAUGCCUUUUAUAUGCAUACAAUCAAUUCUAUGAGUAUAAAAUGCAUUGUAUAACUCUAAAGAGAAAAUUAGAGAAAAUUCAACUCUUGGCCCCCAUAGUCUACAGGAGGGCAUGGAGUCUAGCUAGGCAAGUGUCGCAGGGAAGCCUACUGUAUCAAGUAUCUAGAUGGACAGGUCUUUAAUUACAGACAGACCCCUGUGGCAAGCGUAUGGGCAUGCUGGUAUGCAAUUUUAUUGAAGAGAGCGCAAUAAAGACAAAGUUUUAAUAAAAAGCAUGAAAGUAGUCAUUGCUACACAAGGUGUCGUGCUGGGUCACAUGGCAAAAUCAGACCAGCUUCACUGUUGCAAGUAGGGGCAACUGGAAAUCGGUCUUUCUGGAAGUGUGAUAGUCGUGGAAGGUUUUAUUCUUUUAAACAUUGUGUUCUUGAAUGAUCGGUAAUUUUUUUAGCGUUUAUUAAGAACUCAAAGACAUGUCAAAGUAGAAUAAAGGGGGAACCUUGAUGGUGUCUCCGAAAUAUUUCAACAAUCUGACAGGCAGAAUAAUUUACAAAACAGAAACGCGAGACAUGCAUUGACAAAAUCACAGAGGGCAUCUUCAACAAAAACUGCAUUAAAAGGAAAACAGGAAACAGAAUCGCAAAAUUUACGAGAACGUGCUAUUUUGAACAGUUAAGAGCUGAAUUACAAACAAAUUAUUUUGUUUUUCCGAUCAUCCUGAAAGAAUUAAGGGCUAUUCAAGAACACAAUCACAAAAAAGUUCGCAAGCAGUUUAUAUUCUUUAGCCUCACUACGAUGAAGCACUUCUGAUCAAUACAAUUUUUGUAUAGCUACUUUUUUUUAUCUUAAACAUGAAGAUACUUGUUUGGAGCAUGAGGAAUCUACCCUGAAGCAAAAGACGAAAAGAGACACGAAACAUCAUGAUCUUCAUGAUUACUACCCCAACUUUCCUUUCAUCUCCAAUACUCCCAUCACCAUCACCAGUCGGCCAGUCAUCGAUACAGUGAGGGUUGGCUGUCUUGGGUUCAGCUCUCAUCUCGGGCAAGCUGUUUUUCCUCUUCAACAGACAUCUGUUUACAUCUGUCUCUGGCUGCCUUGCCGUGAUGUAUCUUUAGUUGCUGGCUCGGAGUAAAUUACCAAUCCCCCUCUCACCAUUCACCAGUCACCUGUCUUCAAUAGACUUUGCAGGCAAAGUACGAUUUUUCUUCUGCCUUUCCAUCUCUGCUGAUUUAGGUUUUCCGUUGACUGUCAAGAUAUUUUUCGUUUCUUCCUGAUUUGGUUCCUGGAGGAUUAUCUCUGUAAGUCCUGAUGACCCCAUUCCACUAUCGACGUUGGCUGUGUCCAGAAAAUCUUCACAGGGCCCUGAUAGAUGUUCCGAUUUUUUUUUCUUAUCCCUGCUGUCCUGCUUAAAAUAGAAAUGAUCUUCCUGUUCCAUCUCAUCCUCAUGGUCUAUAUUUUCGUCUCCUGCCAUGAUCCACAUCUCAUACGUGAAUAUUUGUAUGAUGUUGGAAAUAACUAGGCGGCGGAUUAGCCUGGUUUUUAGGUGGAGAAGAUGUGUUGUUAUUUAAAAUGGAGUUCAGCCUAAUUAGCGCAGCUAUCCUAUGUUCUUUAGAAAGAAAUUUUCAACCUUCACCAAGGUUACCAUACCACCUGAUUCUGAUCAUAAUGUUAGUAAAAGGACUUCCUUGUCCUGUCUGAGAAAAAACAUGAAGUAGGUCUUCCUAGCAUAAAGGAACUGUCCGUGGAUGUGACAGAACAGGUGAAAUGUAAAUGGCACUUAGGUUUUUGGUUGUGUUAGAUUUUCUUUUGUUUUUUAGAGUAGGGCUUAGGAAGCAGAUAAACUAGUAAUUCCAGCACAAAGCACUUCCUCCAGCUUACAGCUUAGUCAGAUGUUUAAUGGGCACAUGACCAUGUAAAGAGCUGGAGAAAGAAAAGUUGAAAAAGAAAUAAGAAAAUGAACACUAAGCUCAAAAGGGGUGGGGGAAGAAAAAAAAACCAACUGGUAUCGGAGAUUAGUGAAGCCUCCUACACUUCCUUUAUCAGCUACCGAAAGGUCACAGGGAAGGUCUCUAGCGAAGUGUCUAUAAUUUGGACCACUGGAAGACAAACAGACCGUUCAUGCUGACGAAGGGCGCAUUACUCGUUGAUGGGCCUUUCAAGAGAACAUCUUAAUGUUGUUAAUUGUCAUGCAGCUAACCCUAACCCUUUUGUUUUAUUAUUAACAUCAAUUAGACGCAAAACGUGUGUAAACUUCCAGUUCCUUCUUGUAUCAAAUGGAAGAUUAAGGUGAUGAUACUUUGUGAACAGUUUUUGAAAGUGUUGCCAACUCAAAAGAAAAUUUAUAGUUUGUAGUUGAUAGAAAAGAGCCACACAGGACGAAUCUCAUUGGGACACCUACACUGUCCUUCUCAUCAUUGCUUUAAAUAAGAAAAAGUAUCGGUAGGUCUUCUUUUUCUUGGAGGGCAUUAGGAAAGGAAACUUAAAGAGAAAAGCAAGUGAGAAAUACUGAUCACCGCUCUGAAUCCUGUCCAGUCAAAAUUCAUGUUUUUAAAACAAUCAUUUACUUACAACUGUGUCUACAACAUAGCUUAGAGGCGACUCGUGAAGACUGCUGUGUUACUAAAAACAACAGGAUUCAUGGGGAUCACUGGCAUCGUUUUCAAUGAUCUGUAAAAACUCUUUUCUUGUAAAUCCAUCUCAAUGCCACUCCAAAGGAUAUUCGUUAUUUUGUCAAAUCCUUCUAUUUCUCACACAUCGAUCAUUGGCCUGACAACUUGUUCCACAGCGAAAGCAAUGUCGAAACACAAAAUAUCUAUUCAGCAAUAUUAUCCUCUGUCUCCAGAAUUCUUCAGUUCCUUUGUCACUGUACUCUUUUCAUGGCUGAGUGAUCACCAUAUCCCAGGACGAGCUUCCCCUUCCCCACUGAAGAGACUGACACUCGACAGUCAACUUGAACCUGUGUGUUUAGCUUUUCUCGGACAAGAUUCAGAGCAUCAGUACUUAUCGUUUAAACCCAUCUUACAAUUUGACUUGCUCUUCCCUUUAAAUCGACCACUUCCUUGUUCCCACGUCGAUGUGAAUUAUCGCCCUUGACGGAUAAAGGAUUAAUGAAAAAAUGUUGGGACUGAAUGCGAGUCUGGCUGCAAGUCUUAUUUGUUCGUCUAGAUACAGGACACGCUAGAUGCACGCAGAGUCUGCGAGAGUUCACAGCAAAAACUUCAGAAAAAAAGAUAAAAAUAGAUAAUAAGGUGAUGCAUAACAGCAGCAGCAACAACAACAACAACAACAACAACAACAAAUAAUCACAAAACACCAGCAAGAUAGACGCUCGUACCAAUAUAGACCAUAGCACUUAAUUAUACUCUCGGUUUUCAAACGUUUCCAGACGAGUACCACGUGGUACUUUUGAAUUGUCCGAUUACCACCUCCCAACCCUACCCCCUACAUAUAUAUACACACAGACAGUAGUCUCGGACUUAGUCUUAGGUUCGCCGGUUUUUAGUAUAUGAUUUAGUCAGUAUAUACGUAUUCUGUUAUUUUGCCGCAUGAUGCUCGUGUAGCACCCGUCACAUUUUGAACACCAGGGACAUAGACCACCCUAUUCAAGGGGAAGAACUUGCUGCCAGUCCGCGUGUCUUGCCGAGAAUAGCCUCCCAUGAAGAGUUAUGGCUGCAGGAACUGCACGUCUGAUUAAUUCCAUCGUAUGAAAAAUAAUAUACACUGGCUUAAAUCUUUGAACAACCUUUUAACAAUUAAAACCAUUUAAAAAUAAAAAUUAAGGCUUUAUUUGGAGGUAUAACUAAGGGCAACUACAAUGAAAAUGCGGCAUAAUUAUAAUUAAAGUUGCGCAAACUUCGCUUCUUUCCGGCGUCCCGGCGUCCUUAGUGACCAAAUGUAAACAGAAGUAUAGAGGCCCUACUAGGGUUGCUGAAAUAUUUAUAAAAUUUUGUGCUAUAUCAUAAAGUGUGUAACACCGACGGCAUAUCAGAUGACUACUGUUUACAGCAAUUCCAACUUUUCUGACAGGCUUCAAGACAAUUAAUAAGAAUGGUACCUUAUGCAUAACAAUCAAUUUUUUAAUUUAUGUCACAUGGAAAUCGUUAUAAUGGAAAAUACACGAGUGUACCACGUGCUCAGGCUGUGAUCUCAAGUAAAAUAUACCUUGUCAACAUAUCUUGCUCACCUGAAAGAACAGAUAAUGGGGUCUGGCUCCUCUAAGAAAACCAAGAAAGAAGAGAAAUCAGUUCUGCAAGAGAAAGCCUCAACUGUCUCUGUUAUCAUGGCAGCAAACAUGCUUCGAGACUCAGGAAAUAAUAUGUUUAGAGAGGAAGGUGCACAAUACAGGAAGUGGGAAAGUACCAACAUUGAAAUUUUCAUGCAAAAGAUGUCUUUGUCUCAACAUUGGUAUGACUGCAUUGAUUAUCUAUGUGCUGAUAAAGUUCCUGUGGUCAAACCCAGGACAAAGCAGAAGGGAUGGCGUAUAGUUCGACUAUUUAUCAGCAGCACAUUUAAAGACAUGAACAGUGAGAGAGAGCACCUUGUAAAGGUUGUCAUCCCACAACUGCGGCAGUGGUGUCAGGACCGUAAAAUCCGACUGAUAGAAUGUGACCUCCGGUGGGGCAUACCUGAGGGUGCUGACACACGAGACACUUUGCUUACAUGUUUGUCAGAAAUAGACAGAGGGCGACAGGAAAAUGAGUAUGUUUAUUUUCUAAACAUGCUGUCUGAGCGCUAUGGAUUUGUGCUGACUGCAGAAGAAGUUCCGGAUGAUAUUAAAACAAAGUACAAGUGGCUUCCUGGCAUGUCAAUCACAGCCCUUGAGAUAAUGACAGGAGCAUACUGGGACAACAACCCUCAUGCAUUGUUCAUGAUACGCAAGCCAGACUUUCUACAGGAUGUAGAUGAGGACAUGAAGCCAGUAUACAUUGAGACAGAGUCUUCAGCUAUUGAAAGCCUAAGAAUUCUCAAAGAAAAAAUAAAGCACCGCUUUCCAGGUCAAGUGUCAGAAUAUGAAUGUAAAGUGAUUAGCCAUGGAGAUAAACAGAUAAUACUUGGCAGUCUAGAUCAGUUUGGUGAGGUUGUUAUUAAUCACUUCAGAAAACAAAUAUCUGAGCAAUAUCCUGACUUGUCACUUGAGAAGGAAGCCUCAGACACAGAGAUACGGAAAGCUCAGCAGGAAGAUUUCAUGCUUCAACGAUCACAAAUCCUGCUUGGACGAGAGAAUGAAAUAGAACAGGUUGAGAGUUACAUAAUGUCUGUUACUGCAUCAGCUAAUGUUCUGGCAAUGGUUGGCUUCCCUGGAGCAGGAAAGAGUGCUCUGAUGGCCUGCUGUGUUAAAAAGUGGUUGGAAUACCCAAAUCUCAAGAUUGUGUACCACUUUGUGGGAGCAACACCAGACUCAACAUCACUGUACAGCAUCUUGUCACACAUUUAUAAGGAAUGCCUUCCUGAGGAUCAGCAGGAUAGUAUCCCACUGGAUGUAGACGAACUGAUUCGCUUUGUGCCCACUAUGUUCCAACAGGCUGUCAAACAGGCUAGAACUCAGGGAUGCGAGCUUCUGGUUUUGUUUAUCGAUGCUUUGAAUCAGAUAGAUGACGAUGGCAGUAGUCAUAAACUGAACUGGUUGCCAAGGGAACUUCCAGAGGGAAUGCGCGUGAUUGUGAGCACUCUGGAAGGGGAAUGUCUUAAAGCUCUGCGGGAUCAUGCAGUCAAAGCAAAAGAAAUUUAUGUUAAUCCUUUGAAUGAAAAGAUAAGAGAGAGCAUUGCACAACAAAUAUUCCUACCUUACAACAAGCGGCUGGAUGAUAAACAGAUGAAGCUGCUUAUUGGGAAAGGAGAUUCAGGGAAUCCACUCUAUUUGAGUAUUGCGUGUGAAGAGUUGAGGGUCUUUGGAGAGUUCAGGAAUUUGACCAAGAAAAUAACAUCCCUCCCAGAUGAUCUUCUGGGGCUUUUGAAGCUGGUGAUAGAACGAACAACUAAAGAGUAUGGAGGCGACUCGAUGAAAGCCUCGCUUUGUCUGAUAGAGACAUCUCGCUUUGGCCUUGAUGAAGAAGAGCUGCUCCAUCUUUUGCCCUCAAAGCCAGUCUCCUGUGAUCAAUCUGGAGAGGAUUUUACAGAAGACUUCAAAGAGAGGCUCCCCAUGGCUGUGUGGGGUUUUCUUUAUGUUGGAUUGCGACCAUUCCUUCGGCCAAGUGGCUCUUCUGCAGAAGGUAGACUAGAUUUUUACCAUCGAUCUAUCAGCAAGGUUAUACGCCAGCUUUACCUGAGUGACGAGAAAGUUCGAGCUGCUUAUCAUCUACACCUCAUGAAAUUCUUUUCUACUUGCUCAGACAUCCGACGAAAGGCAGAAGAGCUUCCUUACCAUUACCUUCAGAUUGAGGACCAGGAGGGGCUGCAGAAGUGCUUGUUGACCAGAGAGAUGUUCGAGUUUUUGUACACGGAGAAAAACAAGCAAAUCCUUAUGAGAUACUGGCAGGCGGCUGGCGGCUACCAAGUUGCUGCUUCCAAAUACCAGGCUUUCCUGAAGGACCAUCUGAGCGGCAAGCUACAAGAUGAUAAAGAAAGAGAACUCCUGGAGACAAAGGUGGGUUGGUUCCUUGUGGACAUCGGCGAGUACGACACAGCCGAUGAGGUGCUAGGCAGUGUCAUCAAGAAGCUAAAAACUAAAUAUGGCAAAGAGGCAGUGGAGCUAGCGGACCCACUACACGCCAUGAUGACUUUGAUCUUCCGGAAAGCCCUAAAAUUUGUGUACGGAACCGAUCCUGGUUAUGAAGAAUGCCGCAAUAGAGCCUCUGAUUUGGUAGAUAUUACCGUCAAGAUUAACAGGAAGCUGCUGGCACCCAAGAGUAACCGCCUGGGCGAGGUGCUGUGCUUGUGUGGCUACUUCAAGUCAUCUUUGCUGAACGAGGCACAGGACAUCUUCACAAGCAACAACAACAAAGUUGGUCUUGCGGUGGUGCUGUACCAUCUAGGCGAAAAGAAUCAGUACAACGAAGAUAUAAAUGUACCCAUCAAGCUGUUCCAGGAGUCCCUGUCGCUGUGUCGCCUGUACUUUGGCACCUACCAUCUGAAUACAGGCCGCUGUGUGCAACUGUUCGGGCAACUGUACUGGAAUAAGUGGAUUCGGGACAAAAACACGGCGCUGAUUACCGAGUGCUUAAAAUACUACAUGCUGGAGUUGGACAUCCUACAGGAAGUCCUGGGGCACGCUCACCCAAACACAGUUCGCUCUCGAGAUGAUGUCAUCAUCAUCCUGCAGAACCUCGGUCGAGAUGACGAAGCUCAGGUCUACUUAGCCCAGCAGCCACAAAACUAGGGUCAAAAUGGUGACUUAAUUAGCAUAGCCUAUACACAGGCUUCCACAUUUGUAUGUAGCUACUCAAGUUAGAGAACAAUUACCUUAAAAUUGCUUAAAGAGUCUGGUUUCCCUGUGCCCACGGUCGCAAACCGGCUUAGAAACCUUUGUAGAGGUAAAGAAAUCAUGACCCAUGUUAAACUGAGGACUUGCUAGAAACCUUUGAAAUUUCAAAGGAUUUUUUGAACAAUCAUAUAGGCACGUGCAAUAGCUAGAUUACUGUCCGUUUCUAUGACAUUCCUUACGAGCACAGCGACAGGUAGGUGACAGUAAAUACCGCUGAUCACCAUACCUUAGCUUGUUGUAAACAGUGGAUAUCUUAAGUCCGUGAUAUUUUCUGUAGUAGUGUUUUUGAUCACUUUUAAAGUAUGAUCAUGUGUGAUAUCAGCAUUUCAUUUGUCUAAAUAUUUACAGAAAUAAUGUGACAGAUGAAUACCCUAAGGGGUAAAGAUUUAACCUCAGGAUGAUAUUUAUAAGACGUCAUUGCGUUUGAUAAACACAGUUUAUUUGAUAUUUCAGAAAUCGAAAAAUAGUAGCAGGUGCAAUAUUUUUGUUAACUGCACACAGGGUAUUUUAUAUCUGACUUUAUAUAGCUUUAAAAGUGCGAUUUAUUUUGGCGUCUUCAUUCAGUUACAAGAGUUUCUUUACAGCAUCUACUUUUUAUUAUUUUUUUUUUAACAAUGGAUUUGAUAUACCUCCAGUCAUUUUUCUCUAUGUUCACGUUCUCUAAAAGUAUACGUCAUGCUCAAUUAAAAAAAUAUACAUUUUUUUUUUUACUUAUCUUUAUUAUUUGUUUAGAUUUCCAAUUGUUGCCCUAUUGUUAGUUUUACAAAUUUUUACGUGAAAUUAGAUUAUUACUAGCUUACAUCCCUUAUGAUGAGUUGCUCUUAUAAGUAUUAGAAAAGCCGUUACAAAAUACAAAAUUUAAAAUGCUAAUGUAGAAGGAUUCAGAAAAUUUGCAUGCCAUUAUUUUUAUAUUCUGACAAUGCUCACUUUGUAAACAAGUUUAUUUGCUUAUUACAGAACUUACAAACAGUAUUUAAAGCAUGUCUGCUGUUACAAUGUUUCAAAGUAGUUUAAAUAAAACCUUCAA